AUGGCGCGGGCGGCGGGCGCGCGGGGCCGGGCCGGGCGGGCCGGGCGGUGCGGGCGGGGCGCGCUCCUCGCCGUCGCCGCGUGGACCGCGGGCUGGGUGCUGGCGGCCGCGCUGCUGCUCCGCGCGCACCCGGGCGCCCUCUCCGAGCGCUGCACCGACGAGAAGAGCCGGCGCAUCCUGGCCGCGCUGUGCCGGGACUACCUGAGCGGCAGGCUCACGGGGGACCUCUGCGAGGAUCUGUGUGUGGCAGGGAAGCUGCUGUACCAGCGCUGUCUAUACUAUGACAGGGGCAAGAAGGUGCUGCAGGCCGAAUGGCGCGGCCGGCCCGUCGUGCUCAAGUCCAAGGAGGAGGUCUUCUCCAGCUUCCAGCCCCUCAGCCUGCUGGACGAGGCAGAGGAGCAUGGCCAGGACGUCCCGGAGGCAGAACUCCUCCUGGUGGUGGCCGGGGAGAUCAGGAGCGCCUUGGGCCUGGAGCUGUCCAAUGGCAGCCUAGGGCCCCUGUGGCCAGGCAGGCGGGGCCCUCGGUGGCGGGGGCAGCUGGCCAGCCUGUGGUCCUUGCUGCAGCAGGAGGAGUUUGUCCACCUCAGCUUGCUACAGGACCUGAGCCACCACGUCCUUCCGGUGCUGGGCUCCUGUGGCCACUUCUAUGCGGUGGAGUACCUGGCCGCCGGCAGCCCCCGCCACCAGGUUCUCUUCCCGCUGGACCAGGCCAUGGGCACCCAGGCCCAGGCCGUCUGCAACAUUGCGCUCAGCUUCCUGGACAUGGUAAAGCAUUUUGACAAUGACUUUUCCCACCGCUUCCACCUCUGCGAUGUCAAGCCCGAAAACUUUGCCAUCAGGAGUGACUUCACAGUUGUGGCUAUUGAUGUGGACAUGGCCUUUUUUGAACCUAAAAUGAGGGAGAUUCUUGAACAAAACUGCACGGGAGAUGAAGACUGCAAUUUCUUUGACUGUUUUUCCAAGUGUGAUUUGCGAGUCAACAGGUGUGGAGCACAACGGGUCAACAGCAACCUGCAGGUGGUGUGUGACAAGAUAUUCCGCCGCUGGCUGUCCCCAGCGCUCGAGAGCUCGGCCGUGUCCCUGCGGCUGCGGCGGCGGCUGCGGGCGGCGGUGCGCGGGUGCGCAGACCCCCCGGGGGGCCCCGCUGCGCUGCGGGAGCUUCGCGGGCUGCUGCGGGCGGCGCUGGGGCAGCUGCGCGGGGCGGGCAGGUUUAAGGACCAGUUGACCUUGACUCCCGUCCUCAAGCCAGAGGUACGUGGGACCAGGCCGCUGACGCAGACUGUGGCUCUGUCUGAGCCUUUGGCUGCCUGUCUGCGGCAGAGGGAAAGUGCCAUGCUGUCCCAUGCAGCUGGGAAGCACACCCCUGACGACGGCUCCCUGCUAACUCUCACCGUCGGAAGAGGAGCCCAAAGCUCAAGGGCACGUUGGUGGGGGCUCGAGGCCUGUCCUGGAGAGGACCCAGCUGGCCCGGCCAGGAUCAGGGCCACACCCGCAGCUGCUUUAAAACCACGCCUUCAAGGCACCCACAUUCGAUACCAGAGCGCAUAA